AGGGAACAUCAGACAGAAAUCAUGGGUGCUUUCCUCCCUUGGUACACCUUCACUGCUGUCAUUCUCCUGGCUAUUCAUGGAGGUUUGUGUGUGGAUAUCAUUGGAGGAACUGAAGUAGCACCACACUCGAGACCAUUCAUGGCCCAAAUCAAGGGACGAAGAGGAAUUAUUUGUGGAGGAGCUUUAAUUAAGGAAAACUGGGUGUUAACAGCUGCACACUGUAAAACGAAAAAAAGCAAAGUUAUUCUUGGAGCCCAUUCAUCAAAAAAAAGAGAAAAAGAACAGCAAGCUUUUCAGAUUGCAAAACAUAAUCCUCAUCCAGACUACAACCCCAGUACCAAGGAAAAUGACAUUAUGCUGCUUCAGCUUCAGGGAAGAGCAAAACUUAAUAAAGCUGUGCAAACAAUCCCUCUGCCAUCUUCAGAUUAUGAUCCCAAACCAGGAACAGUUUGCACAGUAGCAGGAUGGGGUACGACUACAAGUCCUUUGAGAAAUCGUCCAGGCAAGCUCUCUUCUGCCCUGAUGGAAGUCAAUGUCACUGUCAUCAGGAGGGAAAUAUGCAACGAUAAAAAGCAUUAUAAUGGCAAACCUGUCAUAACAAAGAACAUGAUAUGUGCAGGAGCUAAGAAUAAGGAUUCAUGUCGUGGGGACUCUGGUGGACCUUUAAGAUGUAAUAAUAUUAUGAGAGGCAUCACUUCAUUUGGGAAGAAGGAAUGCGGCAAUGCUGAUGGCCCUGGUGUCUACACUCGACUCACAAAGCAACACCUUAAGUGGAUAAGGAAAACCAUAGGGGGGGCCUAG